AUGAAGAUCAAGUUUGCGGUUUUAGGGGACGCAUUUGUAGAUGUGGUAGCGGGUACACUAGCGCCCGACCAACUGCCUCAGUGGGGCAGUGACGUUGAGUGCUCUCGGCCCAUUCAACUACACGCAGGAGGUUCGGCGCUCAAUGCAGCCACGUACUUGGCCGACCUCAGCAGGUGUAACCCUAACCACGAGCUGCACGUGGCACUGCACACGGCGGUAGGUGAAGACCCGUUUGCAGACAUGCUAAAAUCGCACUUAGCAGAGCACAAGGUGGUGCUGAGCUCUCCUGCACUGGAGAAUGUCCCCACGGGCGUGUGUAUUGUUCUCAGCGGAGCGGACGAUCGUAGUUUCAUUACGCACUACGGAGCUGCCCGUAUCUUCAGUAUUGAGCAUAUUGAUGAGACAAUGGUGCUGUCAGCGGACCAUCUGCACAUCGGGGGAUUUUACAGCUGUGCCAGUCUUCGAGCAAAUCUAAAGCCUUUGCUAGUCAAGGCAAAAGAAAAGGGCAUAACCACAUCGCUGGAUACAAACUACGACUCGUCCGAGAAGUGGGAUGAUCUCGAAGUGCUGUUUCCGCUGAUUGAUGUAUUCUUGCCAAACGAAGUGGAGGCGAUGAAGAUCUCGCGUACUGAAUCGGUGGAAGCAGCAAUUGCGUACUUUGCAGAUCGGAUAGAAGGAGUGACGGUCAUCAAAACUGGUGCAAGCGGUGCCAUUGCGCACUGCUCGAAAGCUCAGCGGCAAUGGACGCAGCAAAGCUUCCCCGUGAAUGUCGUGGACGUUACGGGAGCAGGUGACUCAUUUAACGCUGGAUUUCUUUCAGCGUGGAAGACGAAUGGUGGAGACGUGGGUGAUGCAUUGCGAUGGGGUUGUGGGACAGCAUCGCGAACAGUGGCCGCCGUUGGUGCAUGCAAGCUCUCACUUGAUUACAGUGACGUGCUGAACGUGGUCUCAGCUGAUUGA